GGUGCCACAUUGCGAACCGUGUGAAGUGUUCCUUUAGUGCACACGUUUAAAUGUCAUUGUGAACACUAAACAAUCAGCAAACUUAGCUACAACUGUAGGGAGAUUCGGGACGUUAUUUCAAGCAGUUAUUCUGACGUUUCCCGUCCUUUGGAGGAUGCACACUGCACAGAAGAUCAUGAAGGUUUUCAUAACAAGACGCAUCCCACAGGAGGGAUUGAAGAUUCUGUCACAGGCUGGAGUAUGUAAGGUUUCACUGUGGGACUCAGAUGAGCCUGUUUCAAGGGCGGAGCUUCUGAAGGGCGUGGCGGGGGCCCAUGGGCUGCUGUGUCUCCUGUCGGACAAGAUCGACACUGAAGUUCUGGACGCAGCAGGUCCAAACCUGAAGGUGAUAAGUACCUUAUCUGUCGGAUUUGACCACAUGGCCAUGGAUGAAACUAAAACAAGAGGGGUGCGUGUGGGCUAUACUCCAGACGUCCUGACUGAUGCCACGGCGGAGCUGACCGUCGCCCUGCUCCUGGCUACAGCUCGGCGGCUACCAGAGGGCGUGGUGGAGGUUAUAAAUGGAGGCUGGAGCACCUGGAAACCUCUGUGGUUGUGUGGUCAUGGUCUGUCAGGCAGCACUGUUGGUGUCAUUGGACUGGGACGCAUAGGUAUGGCCAUAGCCAGGAGGCUGAAACCGUUUGGAGUGAAGAAGCUCCUGUACUCUGGAAGAACAGACAAAUCAUAUGCUGCUGAAGUGGAAGGAGAAUACGUGCCCUUGGACACGCUGGUGUCUGAGAGUGAUUUUGUUGUGGUGUCCUGCGCCCUCACACCAGAUACCCAGGGGCUGUGUAACAAGGAUUUCUUCUGCAAGAUGAAGAACACGGCUGUCUUCAUCAACACCAGCAGGGGUGCAGUAGUGAAUCAGGAGGAUCUGUAUUGGGCUCUGUCCAGUGGUCAGAUAGCUUGCGCUGGGCUGGAUGUCACAACCCCAGAACCACUCCCCACUGACCACCCCCUCCUCACCCUCAAAAACUGUGUGGUCUUACCCCACAUUGGCAGUGCCACCUACUCCACACGUGGCAUCAUGGCAGAGCUGUCCGCCAACAACCUGCUGGCAGGCCUACAGGGCACAGACAUGCCCAGCGAACUCCAAUUCUAGUGCUGCUCUACGACUAUUCAACUCUGCCUCUGUCCUCCUUAGAAUCAUUUUGGUCACCCAAUCAGUAGUCAUUACCAGGAAGGUUAGAGCCGUAAGUGACCAGGAAAUUAAUCUGUGAUGGAGUAUUGCAGUUGUAUUAACAUGCUCUCGAAACAUGAAGGUCAACCUUUGCCUCUCGCUCUUAGAUCUUACAAUGUUUAAAGAAAUAACACAUUUGUGGUAUUUGACUUGAAUUUUGAAGGAGGAAGUGUAUAGUAUUGACAUUUUGAGAACGUGCCUUGGCACUCUCUGACAGCGCUCCUAAGGGUCAGCCAUGGCUUCCUUUGAAAGACGUAGAUAAGCACCACAAUGAGUGCACACACUACUAAUUCAUUGCAGUGGCCUUCUCGUUCUUAUGAAACACUUUCUGUCUAAUGUGAUUGCACAAAAUACUUAACUAAAAUAGUAAAUGAGUAGUUGUGAUGGUAAUGUUCUGUUGUUCUCAUUCCAGUUGAGAUGUGUGUUUAACAUAUUGAUACAUUGAUACACUCCAUCGCCAAUUAAUUGGUUUCAAAUUCUAUGGUAAAACACUCCAUCUGUAGUCUAACACACAUGUGAGAACAUAUUAUUUUCCCCAUUAAAAAUAAUUCUAGAGCCUUGAGUAAAUUAACAAUGAAUAAUGCUACCAGAAUAGAACAUAUGGGCCGGCCGUGAUUGGGAGUCCCAUAGGGUGGCACACUAUUGGUCCAGCGUGGUUAGGGUUUGGCCGGGGUUGGCUGUCAUUGUAAAUAAGAAUUUGUUCUUAACUGACUUGCCUAGUUAAAUAAAGACAUUAAACAUUAAAACACAGUAGUCAGGGAUCAGUGUGAUUCCCAUGUAGCUUAUUUCCAUCCCUCUUCAAUAGUGAUCCUACUUAGAAAUAGUGUGUGAUGUAAUGCAUGGUAAAUAUUCUCUCAAAGAGUUCCAUUCUCUCCCCACAUGUUCUAUGAUAUCAUGUUGCAUUUUAUGUUACAGCUAUCUUCUAGAGUAGACAGUGCAGUACAUAUAGUGCAUUAGGAAAGUAUUCAGACCCGUUCGCUUUUUACACAUUUUUUUUACCUUACAGCCGGGUUCUAAAAUUGAUUAAAUCAUUUCCCCCCUCAA